UGGACUUCAAAAUGUAGUUCCUCUUUGUUGUUUGUUGAAAGUUUACUGUACUGAUUGUAAAUUACCCUAAACAACUUCUUUAGCAUCAGUGUGGCUAUAAAAUGUUCUCAGAAUUCUGUCCAACUCCGUAGUGAUAGACUUACAUCCAACCCAACUCUUUAAUUUUCAGACGUACCCGAUCACUCGCAAGUUUCACCGUACAACAUGGACACCUUCAAAGAUGAUUCCCUAGUCCAGGCCGUCACGGCCUACGUAAAAAACUACAUGAGCAAUUACGACGCGUCUCACGACUGGAGCCACAUCGAGCGUGUCGUCGGGUUAUCGCACUACAUCUACACCAAGUCCGCCAACAAGGACUCACUCGAUCUUCGCACCAUUCACCUUGCAGCCCUCUUACAUGACGUCGGCGACAAGAAAUACUUGAAAGAGUCAGAAGACCCCACCACUCUCAUCGCUACCCUCCUCACAUCUUUUUCCUGCCCAGCCCCCCUCGCCUCCAAGAUCCAAACCAUCUGCCUCAACGUCUCCUACAGCACCGAGACCAAGAACCCGGCCAACCCAGGUUUCAUCAACUCGCUCAUUGAGCAGCACCCAGAGCUAGCGGUGGUACAGGACGCGGACCGACUGGACGCCGUCGGCGCGGUCGGGUUGGGACGCAUGUUCACGUUCGGCGGAGCCAAGACGGGGAGGGACAUGGCUGGGAGUAUGGAGCAUGUGGACGAGAAGCUGGUGAGGUUGGUGGACUUGGCGAAGACGGACGUGGGGAGGGAGUUGAUGAGAGAACGGACGGAGAGACUGAGAGUUUUUCAAGGGUGGUGGGAGGAGGAGGUUGGGUUUGUUGGGAGGGUUUGAAAGGGG